CCUGAACUUUCCUUGGACUUUCCCGUUUUCCUCAGAAACCUCACUCUCUUUCACAUUCAAAAACGCUGACUCCAACCCCAAUUUUUACACAAUCAAGCAAAUCAAAUCAGUCAAAAUUUUGAAUUUUCCCUUCUUUCUUCCUCGCUCUGAUUCACCUCCAUUCCAAUGGCGAAUCGUGGAUCUUACGCCUCCGGUCCUCGCUUAGAUAUUCAGCAAUUACAAAUGGAAGCCCAGCAUAGAUGGUUGCGGCCAGCUGAAAUUUCUGAAAUUCUUUGGAAUUAUCAGAAGUUUCAGAUUUCAUCUGAGCCUCCAAACAGGCCUUCAAGUGGUUCACUUUUUCUUUUCGAUCGAAAGGUGUUGAGAUACUUUAGGAAGGACGGACAUAAUUGGAGGAAGAAAAAAGAUGGAAAGACUGUUAAGGAGGCGCAUGAGAAAUUGAAGGUUGGAAGUGUUGAUGUGUUACACUGCUAUUAUGCCCAUGGAGAAGAGAACGAAAAUUUCCAGAGGCGCUGCUAUUGGUUGCUUGAACAUUCUAGCAUUGGAAUCAAAUAUUUUGGCAUAAGAAAUGAGACAUUGCACUCUAGAAGCUUAAAUGCAACUGGAUCAUCAUAA